AUGGACUCGUACAAUCUCAAGACGGCGUCGACGUACAUCAACAACCUGCUGCUUGCGCGGGGGCUGUUGCGCAAUGGCACGCCCAUUGAGUUUGCGCAUCCGUCGAGGGGAGAAGGGGGGAAAGAGGCCACCAUGGCCCAGAUCAUCAACCUGGUGCACGACCUGAUAUUGAAGCGCGAUCGCGACCAGGAAUACCGCGAAUCCAGCGCCGACACGCUGCGAAGCCUGCGCGCCGAGUCGACGCGCCAGACGGCCGCCCUCGAGAAGCAGCACAACCGCAAUGCCGACCUAUCGCGACAGCUCUCGCUCGCCCAGGCGCAAGAGCAGUCGGCGCGCAAAGCCCUGCACACGGCCGAGUCGUCGGCGCGGAAGCUGCGCGCCGAGAUGCAGCGCCUCAAGACGACGGUCGACCAAGUGCGCACCAGCUGCACCAACGACGUGCGCAAGCGCGACAAGGAGAUUGCACGCCUCAAGAGCCACCUGACGAGCCAGCAGCGCGGCAACAAGACGGGCCUCGUCGGCGCAAGCAUCACCAUCAACCCCGGCAGCACGGGCUUGGGCGCCGCUACUGGCCAUGCGCGCGACGAAUCGCCCAAUGUCGACGACCCCGAAUACAGCCUGAAGCAGGAGACGACCGAGUUCUUGACCCAGCUGAGCCAGAGCUUGAGCGACGAGAACGACAACCUCAUCGGCCUCGUGCGGAGCGCCCUGGUGACGCUGCGAGAGCUACAAGGCAUGCCCGAAGUCAAUCGCAAACAAGACGCAGACGACGCCUCGGUCGCGGGCGACGAGCAAGACGACACGCAACAGGACAUGCUGCACACGCUGCCUACCGACUACGAGACUCUCGCCGACGACAUGGACACGGUCUUGGACAACCUGAAGAACCUCCUCACAAAUCCAAACUUUGUAGCAGUGGACGAGGUCGAGAUGCGCGAGGAGGAGAUACACAGGCUGCGCGCGGGCUGGGAGAAGAUGGAGGCGCGGCUGCGCGAGUCGUUCCUCCUCAUGGACUCCUGGCGAAAGCGCAUGACCAAUGGCGACACCAUCAAUCUCGAGGAGCUUAGGAUGGGACUAGGAUUUGGCGAAGGGUUCGAGACGGUCGACAGGGAAGGAUUCUCCGUGAUUGACGAAGAAAGCGAGGCCGAGGAAGCUGCAAGCUCAGCCUUGGAAGAAGACGUGGACAAUACAGAAGAGCAAGACGAGGCCGUCUACCUGCCCUCACCCAAUCCACACGCGAGACCAGACAAGACAACUGGGCCCGAUGUCUUCAGCAUCAAGUUGCAACCCAGCCAGCCAGCGUUGAGGGAGACCAACGGCAACAAGUCGCCCAGUCGAUCGCCCCGCAAAGUCGCCUUCUCAGCGUCCAUACCGAAUACACCGUCUCAGGUGGACGGAGAGAACGCAGACACGUCUGGGAUAGAUCUAGUCGAUGCGGAGAAGGCUAGUCGGCCAACCUCUGCAGCCAAACCACCUCGUUCUGAAGAACGAGCGUCAAGACCAACGAGUCAAGACAGACCACGCCAUACCAAGAAGCGCUUGUCGAGCCCACGUGCCCAUCCCGACGAGCGAUCGCCAAAGCUAUCGGUCCAAGACAAGUUACGAGAGGCCGCGGAAGCAGCCGCUGUAACCGACGGAGACAUCUCCACCAAGAAGACAGACGAAAGCACCGAAGUGUCCGAGGAAAACCCUAAGAAGCGGGCACCUAGAUCUCCCGUCAAGACACGAAUCAGUGGGAGGCCAAAGAGGAGAAAAAGCACCUUGACGCCAGAGGAGCUGGCAAAUCUUCUAGGCUGCUAG